AUGCCCUCCACUUCCAAACCCUACCUCCUCACCUACAACGCCCUCUCGGCCCUCCUCUGGCUGCGCAUCCUCAUCCCCAUCCUCAGCGCCCCCUCCACCGCCACAGUCUACACCACCCUCGAACCCUGGACCCGAUGGACCCAGACCCUCGCCGCCGCAGAGAUCCUGCACGCCGCACUCGGAAUCACCCGCGCCCCGAUCUUCACCACCUUCACCCAGGUCUUUGCGCGCUCCGUGCAGGUCUGGGCCAUUAACUAUGGCUUUCCCGGUGUGACGGCCGCGUCGCCCGCGUAUCCGGCGAUGCUGUUCGCAUGGUCUGUCGCAGACGUCGUGCGCUACUCCUACUUUAUUGUUUUGCUGGCGGGAGGCUCCAUGCCCGCGCUUCUCAAGUGGCUGCGGUACUCCCUCUUUGCGGUCCUCUAUCCCAUCGGGAUCGGUAGUGAGUGGUGGCUGAUGUAUCGCGCGGCCCGGGUGACGGAGAGUCCUGUCGUCGCGGGGGUGUUCUAUUUCUGUCUUGCUUUAUAUGCUCCGGGUGCGGUCAUGAUGUACUCGUACAUGAUCAAGCAGCGUCGGAAGACACUGUCGAAGUCUUGA